GACAUCUCUAGUAUGAACACCAUCAUCCUAGCUGAUCUGCAGGGCCUCUCAAGCAUCCCUCGCAUCUACACCACGCUGUUCCACCGCACGCGCGAAUUCGCAGCCACAGUGCGACAUUUCGCCAGCCUCGUUGCAUCGAGUUCGUGGGCCGCGGCGGCAUGUCUGCUGGUGGACUGGGGCGUGCAUGUGCUGCGGCAUCCGGGGGUGGGGCUCGAGCGGUUUCUGAAUAGUCAGCGCGAGAGUUUGUAUUGGAUUCUCGAUGAUGCCUUGUUGAGGAUUUGUGUGGAUAUGUGGGAUCCGCCGGGUGAACAGCAGCAGGGUUGUGAGAAGGGGGAGAAGGUGGUGCCGGUGAGGAGGGUGGUACCGUGGGAUGAGGCGACGGGGCCGAUUUUAACGGCGUUAGCGAAGGCGCAGGUGUUGGUGCCGCUUUGGGGGCAGAUGGAUGUGGAGGAGACGAGGAAGUGGGAGGUCCCUGUUUGCGAGGGUGCGCAGGCGGAGUGGUUCGAGGUUGGGGCGGGGAAGGGGCAGUUGCCUGCGGAACUUGCGAAUGUAAUCGUGGAUGACGUGGCGGCGUUUGAGGAGUUGCCCUUGGAGGAUCUGAGGGAGUUAUAUUUUCCG